CAAAAUCCAAGCAUGUCCCACAUCCCAAACAAUCAGCACAUGGUUUUGCAUCCUUUGCACCCCCAGCUUGAGAAAUCUACCCUCAAACCUGGGGUCCACCCUCGCAAAUAUAUAACUGAUUGCCCUUCAUUUCUUUUCUACACAGCAAACCAACCACACUCUUACAACCAAAGAUCUAAAAAUCUCUACUCUGUUGCUCAAAGAUCUGCACCCAUGGCCUUGAUUCAACCCAAGAAGCUUGUUAAAAUGGCCAGGAAAUCUUUCUCAAGAGCCGACAUAGCAGCAGAUUCCAACACAUGCAGCAAAUCGAUAGCUGAUAAGGGUCAUUUCGUCGUCUACACCAUAGAUGGAAAGCGUUUCAUGGCUCCUUUGGAAUACCUUGACAGCCCCAUCUUUCAAGAACUGUUCAAAAUGUCUGAAGACGUGUUUGGGUUACCAAGCAAUGGGCCUAUCACAUUACCAUGUGACACUGUUUUCAUGGACUACGUUAUCUCGUUGGUCCAAAGACGCAUAUCUAGAGAUGUAGAAGAGGCUUUUCUCCUCUCCAUAGCUGCGAGCCGGUGCUCAGCAUCUUCAUAUCUCUCUCUACGGCAAUCCAAUCGACAAAUCCUUCUCAAUGGCUUAUGAUAAUUCUCUAGUAUAUGCAAAUGGACCCUUGUAUCUUUUUUUGCUUUUUUUUAUUUUUUUU